CUUAUAAGUAGGAUGGGUUUUCAGGUCUCCAGUAUCCUCUCCGGCUUCUGAUUUUCUGCUCCUUCUUCCUUAAGCAGGUUCACCUAUCUUGGCCAAAAUGGCUCAACUCCUGAACAGCAUAUUCACUGUGAUUGAGGUGUUUGAGAAAUAUGCUAAACAGGAUGGGGACUGUACCUCACUAUGUAAGAAGGAGUUGAAGCAGCUGCUUUUGGCUGAGUUUGGAGAUAUCCUCCGGAGACCAAAUGAUCCAGAGACAGUGGAAAUCAUUAUCAGCCUCUUGGAUAGAGACAGAAAUGGGCAUGCUGAUUUUCAUGAAUAUCUCUUGUUGGUGUUCCAAUUGGCCCAAGCCUGCUAUCAUAAGAUGGAUAAUGAGACAUGUGGAGACAGAACCUCCCAGCAAGAAAGGGAACAGGAGGAAAUACUAGACCAUAGGUUUCCAGGAAAUACAGGCAGACAACACAGGCAGAGGCAGGACUCCCCCUGUAGUCAGUCUGAGAGGCAACACCAGGAUGUCCACCAGGAUCAGUCUGAGAGACAAGAUAGGGGCUCCAGUUCUGGUCAAAGACUGAGUCAUAAAUGUAGCAGUGGCCAUCCUAAAAGACAAGGACAUACCUUUGCCUUAAAUCACUGUGAGAAACAAGUUCAGGAUUCUCAUUAUAGCCAGUCUGCAAGGUUUGGACAACAAGAAAGUGGUAGCCAGUUAGGAAGACAUGGAGAAAAGUCUUGCUCUACCCAGAUAAACCAACAGGAAUCAGGCUCUUAUUUUGGACAGUCUGGGAGGCUGGGCCUGGAAUCGAGUCAGAGAGAUAGGCAAGAAUUGGAUUCCCAAUAUGGCCAGACAGAGAGACAAGGCCAGAGCUCCCACUAUGGUCAGACAGACAGGCGAGGUCAGAGUAAUCAUUUUGGUCAGACAGACAGACGACGCCAAUGUUCCCACUAUGACCAGACAGACAGACAGGGCCAGAGUUCCCACUAUGAUCAGACAGACAGACAGGGCCAGAAUUCCCACUCUGGUGAGACAGACAGACAAGGCCAGAGUUCCCACUCUGGUGAGACAGACAGACAAGGCCAGAGUUCCCACUCUGCUGAGACAGACAGACAAGGCCAGAAUUCCCACUCUGGUGAGACAGACAGACAAGGUCAGAGUUCCCACUAUGGUCAGACAGACAGACAGAGCCAGAGUUCCCACUAUGAUCAGACAGACAGACAAGGUCAGAGUUCCCACUAUGAUCAGACAGACAGACAAGGUCAGAGUUCCCACUAUGAUCAGACAGACAAACGAGGCCAGAGUUCCCACUAUGGUCAGACAGACAGACAAGGCCAGAAUUCCCACUCUGGUGAGACAGACAGACAAGGCCAGAGUUCCCACUCUGGUGAGACAGACAGACAAGGUCAGAGUUCCCACUAUGGUCAGACAGACAGACAGAGCCAGAGUUCCCACUAUGAUCAGACAGACAGACAAGGCCAGAGUUCCCACUAUGGUCAGACAGACAGACAAGGCCAGAGUUCCCACUAUGAUCAGACAGACAAACGAGGCCAGAGUUCCCACUAUGGUCAGACAGACAGACAGGGUCAGAAUUCCCACUAUGGUCAGACAGACAGACAGGGCCAGAGUUCCCACUAUGGUCAGACAGACAGACAGGCUCAGAGUUCCCACUAUGAUCAGACAGACAGACAAGGCCAGAGUAAUCAUUUUGGUCAGACAGACAGACAUGGCCAGAGUAAUCAUUUUGGUCAGACAGACAGACAAGGCCUGAACUCUCAGUCAGAGACUGGGGAAACUAGGCAAAGUAGGUACUUCCAAGGGAGUGAGGAAACAUGCAGAGAUUCAUAUAUUCAGCAAGCAAGAAUUUCAAGGAGACCAAGACAAGAGACUCAAGGACAGGAAUGGAACCGAAAUCAGAGACAGAGACUCCACUCUAGAGAAGGGCAGCAGAGUAGCACCCAGGUGUGGGAAUCUGAUGAAGAUGACCAAUCUCAGCAACAUAAACUUGUGGCACAGAUCCAGCAUGAAAGGUCUGUAUGUCACAAAGGGAGUGACUGGCAGCUGAGCAGUAGUGUGCAGGGUAACAGACAGGCCCAAACGGGGCAGAACUGUGAUGAGGGCUGCAGCCACCACGCAGAGGAAGAACAGGGCCACCACCAAAACAGGGGCACUCACAGCCACGAGGGUCAGGAAGCUUCAUGUGAGACAUGGGGCAAGGAAACCCAUGAGGAGGAGCAGAGACGUCAGCCAAGGGGCAGACAAGCCAAUGCGGAAGAUCAAAGCUCUCAGCAACAACGGGAUAAGCCAACCCAUGAGGAGAAAGAAAGGUAUCCAGGGCACCAGGACCAACGAUCCCACAGGGCCCAGCAAGGCUGUGUUAACAGAGAAAAAUCCCACCUAAAUGAACAUGGCCAGAGCCGGGGCUCCCAGGGGAGACACAGCGCGCCGGCCUUCAACCCAGCCCAGAUUGACAGGAGGCCCCAAAGAAGAGAACAAGGUGAAAGUCACCCUGGCAGUGCAGCCAUUGCUCUCACCCCCCUCUAUGACUAUGUACAAGAGCAGAGAACCAACCAUUGGCACUAGGCCAUGCACACACCAGUGCAGAAGAAAUACAAAGCUGAACAAGAAAUCUGUGUGUCAAGUUUGUCCUUAUUUCUGUUCAAGAGGGGAAAACACAUGGCUUCCUUCCCUCCUUGACUCUUAUCUAUGUGCAGGGAUGCUUUUGAGGACUUGUAUUCACUUUUUAGGCCAUUUCAGUUCUUUGAGCCGCAGUUCUAGGGUGUUUUGUUUAGGUGAAAUUUGAGUAGUAAAUUGGGUGACAUAAUCAGAUCCCAAUUUUUAUUAAUUUGGGGAUUUAAAUCAUUUCCUGGUUUGUCUUUCAUGUAGAUGAGACAUGAUUGGAUCAUUGAAAGUAGAAGUUUUGCCCCAAAGUUCAGAAACAGGUAAGGAGUUAUGAAGAUAUACAUUACAGCUUGAAGAGAAGCGACCCUGGGCUUUGGUGAGCUUUGGCACCUGUGGAUGAAACAUCAAGAAUUCCAAGCCUCAUAGUCCACACUCAAAUAAAACAUAGUGAGAGGCUACUAGGAGAGCCAGAGACUGCAGAGGGCAUCUCUGAUAUCCACAACAGCUUCUGCUCCCAGUCUCCUACCCCUCACCAGAGGGACUGUCCAGUGAGCUCCUUUCACUAGAGCUGAUCAGAUAGCUAAUUCCAGCUCCAUACCUUUCUGGUUUCUGAUCACAUAAAAUAUGGAGAAAGCAUGACAUCUAUUUUCAGAUUAUAAUGAGCCACAGCUAUUGAUCUAUAGCUCCUGGAGCCUGAAAACCUCUCAAAGAAAAUGUAUGGAAUUGUAUUAAAAUACCCAAUAAAUGAUUGGUGAGCAAGGA